CUGACACAUUUCAAGUCAAACUCAAUAAAUCCUUACAUCCUAACUACUGUUUGCCUGAUACACAAGGUUUUUUUGCUUAUUCUGUAAUACCUGUCUUCAACCAACUUUGUUGUCAUAUUCCAACACAUCCAUAUGUGGUUCUCUUUCAAAAUGUUGAGUACAAAAUUGCAGUUGAGGAUCAUAAAAAGAUGGAAAUUUGAAGUUAACAGUUCCUUUUAAGUUCUUCACCACUGGCUUUUGAAAUUAUAAAUGUCCAGUUUAAAAAGCUAAUGGAUUUUGUACCUGACUAUAAUGACAGAUCUUUUUUGUUCUUACAACUUAAAAGAAUACAAGUACUUGUUUGGAGCAUUGAUCUGUUGAAUCUUAUAAGCUGCAAUCAAUGAAGUAAUUUUGUUCCAAAUAGUUAAGUAAAUGGAAUAGAUUUACUUCUCUAAUCAAUAUUUCAUGUUGUGAAACAUGGAUAGGCUGGUGAAGAUGUUGAAUAUUCUACAAUGUCAAAAGUUGAACCAAGGAAGAUGUUUUCUACUAGGAAAAAGAUAAAGGAGAUGAGUUUGUCAACAAACCAAGAGAAGUCUGAGAUGACAAAGAAGACCUGGAAAGUUGAAGAUGACAGUGGAGAGGAACCAACUCCACUCAAAGGAGGUCCUGUGGAUAAUUCAACUCUUGUUGUUGAGGUCCAAUGGAGAUCUGUACUUUCUUGUUGAAAUUUGAAGGAGUUUUCGUUUGAGAUAUCAUCUUCAAUUUUUGGUUUAACUGAACUCUACAACAAUACUUGACGGCAAUAUACUUUUGCUUAUAUAAUCCAUGAAGUUCUGAUUUUUCUGUUCAAUUCUAUUUACUGGUGGGAACUUACAUUGGUGAAGAAAAAAGGCCUCGGUUGAAUUGAACAAGAAUAUAUAUUUGCCUCAAAAAUUUCGAAAACAGGGUUGGGAUAUGAUACCAUGCCUGAAGGAUGUUAGUGUUGGAAUCCAGUAAAUCCUGAAGUUGGAAGCUACUUAUGGUUUAGAACAAGGGCAGUGUUGUUUUGAAGCUGUAAGGUGUACCAAGAAGCCAAUGUAAAAACACAGGCAAAAAAAGGCACAAAUUGUAGCGCCAUGUCUUGCCUUAGACUCUGGCCUGGAGGUCUUGUGUGGACUUCAUGAAAUAUGGAACUCUUUCUCAGGUUUUCAGAAUGUGGAAUAAAAAUAGCAGCCAAAUUGCAAUGAGAUACAACCAUUAAAAACCCCCUAUAUUUGGUGGUAGCCACUUCCAACACCGUAAAUUCUCCCGACAAGCGAGGGCAUUCUUGUCAUGCAAAUUAAAACCAUAUUGUACCGAACGCUGCGCGGGAAGGUCCCAAGACAGUUACGUUAAAAGUCUCUCUCCCUCUGCCAUGUUCGCUCUACAUAACUUCCAUUCAUUUCCCAAUCAUUGUCUCUCGGUUCAACAAUGGCUUCCCAAAACCCUAACCCUAACAAACCAAACUCUCUGUAUCCUGAGAUCAUCCAAGCGGACCCUCCUCCCUUCAUCUCAAACCCGAAUUCUUCAUCUUCCUCUCUCUAUCCUUCCAUCGACAUGAGAGACUUGGUCGAAAAUCUCUUCCCAGAAAACCCUCACCCUACUGCUCCUCCUGAAUCCCUUGAAGAGGUUCUCGUCAUGUUACCCGGCGUCAUCCUCCACCUCAUCGACAAGCAGUACAGCGUCGAGCUCGCAUCCGGCGAUCUAUCUAUCAUUCGUCUCUGGCAGGGGAAUAACAUUGUCGCCGUUCUCGCCCGCGUCGGCCAGGAGAUCCAGUGGCCGUUGGCCAAAGAUGAGGCGUCGGUGAAGGUUGACGGCUCGCAUUACUUCUUCUCUCUUCGCGCAAUGAAGGAGAAUGGAUCGGGGUCGGAUUCGAGCGAUGAUGAGGGGAACGAAGGGGAGAAUCGGUUGAAUUAUGGUUUGACGAUUGUGCCCAAGGGACAGGAGCCAUUGGUGGAGAUGUUGGAUGGAAUUUUGGAGCAUUACAGCAGUUUUACCAAGGUGGUGGACGUAUCAAAGGAGGGGAUGGAGGUGUUGGAAGUUAAGUUGUCGCCGUUGGAGAAGGACAAGGAGUUGUCGGAAGAAAGGAGCUCUGCGUACUGGACGACAUUGGCACCUAAUGUGGAGGAUUAUAGUGGGACUGCAGCCAGGUUGAUUGCUGCCGGAUCUGGGCAGCUGGUCAAGGGGAUUUUGUGGUGUGGGGAUGUGACCGUGGAUAGGUUGAAAUGGGGGAAUGAGUUUUUGAAGAAAAGGAUGUCGCCUGCUUCCAACACGGAGAUUAGUCCCCAAACUAUGAAGAAUAUGAAAAGGGUAGAGAGAGUCACAUUGGUGACUGAGAAAGUAGCUACUGGGGUCCUCUCUGGAGUUGUGAAGGUUUCUGGAUUCUUCACAGGUUCUGUGGCAAACUCAAGAGUUGGCAAGAAAUUUUUUGGCUUCAUGCCUGGAGAAAUGGUCCUUGCUUCUCUGGAUGGAUUUAGUAAGGUCUGUGAUGCGGUUGAAGUAGCCGGAAGGAAUGUUAUGUCAACAUCAUCCACUGUGACCACUGGACUUGUGUCACAUAGGUAUGGGGAGCAAGCAGGUCAGGCAACAAAUACAGGGCUUGAUGCUGCAGGUCAUGCUGUAGGGGCUGCAUGGGCUGUUUUUAAGAUCCGGAAAGCUUUCAACCCAAAAAGUGUUAUUAAACCUACCAGCCUGGCUGCUGCUAAAGCUGCUGCAGCUGAGAAGGUGGCUAAGAGAUCCAAGUAACCGUUGAUAGGAUGUGAUUAUUGAAAUUUUGAUUGCUGCUGUGCAUAUUGUUAAUCUGUAGGUGAAAGUUUCAGUGUGUGUACCUUCUUUGUAGUUAUAUUAUUUGUUUGUUUUAUGUUGUAAGGAUUACAUGAAUGUGAGUUUGUCACAAGAAUCAACUGGAAAACGAUUUUAUUGGAUUGGGCCUCUCCAAAGUUAGGU